UUGUUUCACACCUUGUGCGUGUUGUCGAGAUAGGCAGCGUAGAUUCCCCCCUCAGCGAUGGCACCCUCCCCGAAUGCCUUGGCGACUGCCUGCCUUGCUGCCCUCUUCCUCACUGCGACCCCGCUCUCCUCAGCGUUCACCACUCGCAGCACCAUCUCCAACCGGAACAUCAACUUGGCACGCAGCAGCAGCAGCAGAACUGCAGCCGAUGUUCCCAAGAUGGCGGCGACGGAGAGGCCGGGGGGGCACGAGACACCGAAACGAGAAAAUGAUGCCGAUUCUAGGCACACUGCCGUCGCUGUUUCCCGCGGCGGGUUCUUUGCCUCCAUAGCAACGGCCGCUCUCGGAACCUCCGCCGCCGCGCUGGGGUUGGUGCUCGCUUCGCCGGAGAGCGCCAGCGCGAACGGCAUGCUCGAUUUCCCUCCCGCAAGGCUCAACAACCGCUACUUCCUGAUGAGGUCGGGCCAGGGGGCCUCGGACAAGGAAGGCGUCGUUCAGUCCCACCCCAUCGACAAGCUCCACGUCGACAACCGCCUCACCGACCAGGGGGUGGAGGAGACGCAGCGGGCCGCGGGCGUGCUGCGGGCGCUGGGCGUGGGUGACGCCUUCAUCUGGGCCGACAUCUCCAGUCGCGCCCAGGACACGGCUAGAAUCUUGGCACAAGAGCUCGACAUCCGCCAGGAAAGAGUUAUCCCCGAGUACGCCUUCCUCGAGCCCCGAGGGAUGGGCAUCUUUGACGGCAAGGAGGUGGCGACCGUCCUUCCCGAGGUCUACGAGAAGGAUGCGAUCAGCCUGACUUGGCGCCCUCCUCCCAACACCGACGGGACUCCGAACGAGAGCGUUGACGACGUUUUUGUUCGCGUUCGACAGUGUCAGGAGGGAGGCCAAGGCGGGUAGCACCAUCUCGGCCGGCAUUGGUGGUGGAGGCGUUGUCGGGGAGGGGGCGUGAUGGUGGACGAGGAGACUUGGGGGGGGGCGCGUUUGUAUUUGUGGUUGGCGUUGGCGUCGCCCCCUUACGGCUGUGCACCAGAGAGAGAGAGAGAGAGAGAGAGAGAGAGAGAGAGAGAGAGAGAGAGAGAGAGAGAGAGAGAGAGAGAGAGAGAUAAAGAAAAAUCCAGUAUUCCUUCAGCAAAGGGUCCAGUAUUGCGUUGUGGUUGCGCACCUUUAACUCGGGCGCCUCCUCGAGACGAGGUAUAACGGGGGGAAGGGGCGACGUGGCUUGUUGGGGUGAUUGGAUCGCAUCGUGAAUGGAACACAGGUUGAUCGAUGAAACGGCACACCGGGUAUGGAAGGCAUGAUUGGACACUGCAGGUCGACAUUGGUGGCGACUCACUCGAGCGGAGAAACUACAGUACGUACGUACCUCAUCCGUUCGUGUGCAGCCGCUCACCAUUGUAAAGACGUAAACACAACCUUCGUCUGUAGUACGGAGGACAGCUAGCAAGCGGGCCGUAUGGGAAGAUGUUUGGACACCACGGAGUUGGAGCGUUUUUAUGGGGAUUUUGGGGUAAGAGAGGAUCGAGUCGAUUCUCCUGCUGAAAGGUAAACCACGGGCGGUGGCAAGAGACGGCCGUUGGUUGCGGGUUUUUGUUACUUUUUCCUCGGGAGUUCGCAAGUGGGUGUGCCCCUGUGUGCGCUGCAGUCUGCGAUUGUCUCGAACCGCAGCACGUUGUAAAUAUUUUGCGCGGGGGAGGUUGGUCGGGUACGGCUUCGUCGAUGAUGAUGCGAUGGGGUGUGUGUGUGUGGGUG